GCCCGAAAGUAAUCCGGGUCACCUUUGUUACGUAGUUACAUCACAUAGUGCCGCUGCCUUCUUGGAGCCAAAGUGUUCGGCUGGCGAGUGAGUGAGUGACCCAGGCAACGUUCCUUCCAUUUCUGGGUUACGUACAUCAUGUUCUCACUCAGUACGGUUCAGCCGCAGGUAACUGUACCCUUAAGCCACCUAAUCAAUGCCUUCCACACACCUAAGACAACCGCUGCCUUCCCCAGCUCUGCAUCUAUCCAGAACCUUCAGCGCAAUGUGAUCCCUGACCCUGAAACUCACAGCUCUGAGCCUGUCUUCAAUUUAAGAGACCUGGGCUUGUCUGAGCUUCGAAUCAAACAACUGGAUGAGCUUUUCCAUAAAUGUCUUCCUGAUUUUCACACGGAAAAAACUAAAAUGUCACCCCACUGGCACACAUCCCAUGUCUCUGCUCACUCCUUUUUUGAAAACAAAAAUGGUUAUUCCAAUGUGUUUAAUGCUUUACGUUCAAAUCCAAUAUACAGUCCGAAGCCUAGCCCACUGAAGCAAGUCUGCGCAGAUCUUCAGUACUGGCCAGUCUUAAUACAGUCCCGAGGUUUUAAAACUCUGAAACCAAGAAUUAGACGACUGCAAUCGACCUCUGAGCGUAUUGCUGCAACAGAGAAUACCGCUCCAUCUUUCAUGAAGGGUUUUUUGAUGAGAGAUCGGAUGCCAGAUGUGGAAAACUUAGAGAAGCUUGUUAAAAAUAAAAAUAUUCCUGAGGGGCAACAGGAUGCUUUUAAGACUGGUUUUGCAGAGGGGUUUCUCAAAGCACAGGCACUAACCCAGAGAACCAAUGAUUCUCUAAGGAGAACACGCUUGUUCCUGCUGGUUCUUUUACUGCUUGGCAUAUACGGCUUGUCAAAAACACCAUUUUUAUCAGUUCGUUUCAGAACCACAUCUGGCCUUGAUGCCGCUGUAGAUCCAAUCCUGAUGAAAAAUGUCACUUUUGAGCAUGUUAAAGGAGUGGAAGAAGCUAAACAAGAGUUGCAGGAAGUUGUUGAAUUCUUGAAAAAUCCGCAGAAAUUCACAGUGCUGGGCGGUAAACUUCCUAAAGGUAUUCUUUUGGUUGGACCCCCUGGAACUGGGAAGACUCUUCUUGCGCGAGCAGUUGCAGGGGAAGCAGAUGUGCCAUUUUACUAUGCAUCUGGCUCUGAAUUUGACGAGAUGUUUGUUGGAGUAGGAGCAAGUCGCAUUCGAAAUCUGUUCAGGGAAGCAAAGGGCAAUGCACCUUGUGUAAUAUUUAUUGAUGAGCUGGAUUCUGUGGGAGGCAAAAGAAUAGAAUCUCCAAUGCACCCUUACUCAAGACAGACCAUUAAUCAGCUUCUUGCAGAAAUGGAUGGUUUUAAACCUAAUGAGGGAGUAAUAAUCAUAGGAGCAACAAACUUCCCUGAAGCAUUGGAUACUGCUUUAAUUCGCCCAGGUCGAUUUGACAUGCAGGUUACAGUACCCAGGCCAGAUGUGAAGGGUAGAACUGAAAUAUUGAAGUGGUACCUAAACAAGAUCACAUUUGACAAAUCUGUGGAUGCAGAAAUUAUAGCUCGCGGCACAGUGGGAUUUUCUGGAGCAGAGUUAGAAAAUCUUGUAAACCAGGCUGCGUUAAAAGCUGCAGUGGAUGGCAAAGAUACAGUUACUAUGAAGGAGAUGGAGUUUGCAAAGGACAAAAUACUUAUGGGGCCUGAAAGAAGAAGUGUGGAAAUAGAUGAUAAAAACAAAACAAUCACUGCUUAUCAUGAGUCAGGUCAUGCUAUAAUUGCAUAUUACACCAAAGAUGCAAUGCCCAUUAACAAAGCUACAAUCAUGCCCCGUGGUCCGACACUUGGUCAUGUAUCUCUUCUGCCAGAGAACGAUCGCUGGAGUGAAACAAAAUCCCAGCUUCUUGCUCAGAUGGACGUGAGCAUGGGGGGGAGAGUAGCAGAAGAAAUCAUUUUUGGAAUAGAACACAUUACUACAGGGGCAUCCAGUGACUUUGAUAGUGCAACAAAAAUAGCAAAGCUGAUGGUGACUAAAUUUGGAAUGAGUGAAAAGCUGGGUGUUAUGACUUAUAGUGAUACAGAAAAGCUGAGCCCAGAAACUCAAGCGGCUAUUGAGCAUGAAGUGAGAACUCUUCUAAAGAUCGAUUUUCUAGGUCCUCGAUCUUAUUCUGUAAUUCUCUCAGAGUGA